AUGGAAGCGAGGACUUCGAAAGAAAACGAAGAAGAAGAAGAGAAGAAGAAGAAGAAAGAGUUUAAUAACGAUGAUUCUUUUUUGAAGAAGGACAAAAAGGAAGACGAAGAAGAGGAGCGACGAAGAAUCGCGUCUUUAAUCGCGGAGACGUCGUAUUUAACGAGCGUUUUGAAUGCGCCUUCAGGAGAAGCGACGACGACGGCGUCUUCUUCUUCUUCUUCAAACGACUUUUAUGAUUACUACGAUUUUGGGUUCACCUCGGCGGUGUACUCGUUGUUCGGAUACGCGAGCGAAGAUGGGAAUACUGGGAGUGCUACGAACAACAACAACAACAACAUUAACAACAACAAGAUGAUGAUGAUGAUGGAAAAAGAGAGCAACCUCUUACUGGACGAGAAACGCAUCGAACAGACUUUGUUGAAGAACCACGGAGUGAUUAAGAAGACGUUACCGGAGGUAUCGCCGACGGACUUUGAGAAGUAUUUGAGAGCGAUACGGACGUCGUACGCGAGGUUCGUGGCGACGAGAGCGAUGGCGAAGAAGAAGAAUAAGAGCGCGGGAACGGCGUCGAAGUCGUCGUCCGCGGGGUCGGCGUUGGCGGACGGGUUCGCCGCGACCAACAACAUGAACGCGGACGACUUCGAGGAGCAAAUGCACAGACAAAAUCAGCUUUUGAGUUCAGUGCCGUCCAUUUUUUUCCGAGAAGAGUUUGAUUUAACGUCGAGGGAGGCAUUCGAGGAGAUUUUGCCGUGUUUAGUGAGGGAUUUAGUAGGAGAGAGCAAUAAUAAUAAUAAUAAUAAUAAUAAGACGUCGUUAGACGACGACAACGUGGCGAAUAGCGCGGUGUUAGCGCAAGAGCAGCUCGGACAGUACUUAGAUUUGGUGGAGAGCGUGAUUAUGAAACGCGUCGGGGAUCGCGCCGAGGCGUUUUUAGAAGCGAUGGCGAAAACGAAAAAGUUACAAGAGACGAUAGAGGAGACGAAGAAAGCAGUCGUCGAUUUAAGAACGAAUAAUCGGAGGAGUUUUAGAAGAGCUGCGCACGCCACGGCAAAAGUGAAAGAGACAUGGAGAAGGAGGGACAACAUUUUACGAUUGGCGGAAACUUUGAAAGAUAUCGAGAAUAUUCGGCAGACGAAGUUAGACGUGGACGUGCUGUUAGAAUCCGGGGAGUAUUCGGAGUGUUUAGAAGCGAUCGACGAGUGCGAGAGAAGUUUGAGAGCGGCGAUUGAAAGGGCGACGAAAAACAACAGCGAAGAGGGGGAGGUAGAGGAAGAGAAAGGAUCGUCAUCAAUGUCUUCUGCAAGCAAUAAACACAUGAAUAUUAGUAAUAGUAGCGGUGGUAAAAGUAACGCGGCAACGACGACGACGAAAAACGUCUUUUCGUGUUUCAGUCAUCUUCCGAAAGAUUUGGAGAUUGCAAAGAGAAAAUGCACGGGUGGAAUUACGGCAGAGUUGUGCUCUCGAGCUCGCGUCGAAUCGAACAUCGUAGACGAUGGAAUCGCGAACAUAGUAAAGUAUGGUGUCGACGAUCAAAUCAAAGACGAUGAGGGAAGCUUCGAUAAAGACGAGUACGAUCGAGUAUCUGAGUCCAUCUUACCGGCGCUUCGUGGCUUGUUGAGAUCGAGCACAGUCAUGCCAACGGUUGACGCGAUUCACGCGGUUUCGCGUGAAAUUUUGCGUGAUUUGAAAAGAGAUGUCGAACGCGUGUGCGAAAAAGUUUUCGCGAGUGUUGGUGGUAAAACAAACACUCCUUCAAAGGUCAGCGCCGCUGUCGCUGAAAAUAAAAACGCAGAAGACGGUAACAUGGAGAAUAUUUAUUUAGCGCUUCAAAAUUGUUCCUCUGAUAAUUACAUCCGAACGCUCGAUGCCGUGAGCAAAAUCAUGUCACGCUUACAUUUCAAGCGCGGUGAAAUUAUUCGAGACGUUUUGAUGUCCGUGUUCACCUCUUCCAGUGAUGAAUUCGAUGAGAAUGCGAGCGAAAGCGCUGGCGCCGUGGAAACGCCCAAGAGUUUGCCCUCGCCAAAAUUCUCUAUGGAUUUCGUCCUGAAAGAAGCUCGCGAUGAAGCCAACGAGCGGUUUUCGAGAGAUGGUAUUUCCAAAGCAGUUUUUGCCAUCCGCGAAUCGUCGAAUUCAAUCAUCGACGGAGGCUCGAUGCUUUUCGCCAGACUCCUGAGUUGCCGCAAGCACGUCAACGCAAAACUCGACGCGACUUCGUUCACGAGAAUAACGAAAGCUUCGGAUGCGUUCAUUCGUCUCGCGGAGAAUGCUAAUAAGAAAAACGGGAAGCGGUGCGUGGCGUUAAGGUCGCAAGUGCAUUCUCAGGCGCGCUUGUUCUUGAACGUGAAACACGCCGCCGAGUUGGAUAAGUUGAAGACGCUGCUCGAGCAAGAGAGUUGGUCGCAAGCGACGGUCCCGGCACAUUUUCAAGAGCUUUUGGAUCGCUUAUCUGCGGUGGCAUCUUCAACAGAAAAGGAUGAAAAGAAAGAAAGCAACGCCACUACUAAUGCUGAAAACGAUAAGAACCAACCGCUACCGACGAAAAUUAUCGAUAAAAACACGAAAGUUGAACACGUCGCCACGACGACGGCGUUGAUGCUCAUUCGCACGCUGAACGAUUACAGCGAUAUCGCGGAAAGUAUUCCAGAUUUAUCGGCAGACGUAGCUCGUCGCGUCGCUGAAUUACUCGGUGCGUUCAACGAUGGUGCUUGCGUGUUAGUUCUCGGCGCACAAGCCAUGCAAGGCGCAAACUUGAGAUCCAUCACCGCGAAGCAUCUGUCGGUGACUCAACAAUCGCUCCGAUUGUUCCAAUCCCUCGCGCCGGUUUUGAAAGCGAAACUUUCAGACAUUACGACGACAAAGUUUGGCAGCAGUAGCGAUAACGUCGCGGCCGCAACAGGUGAAGGCAAACUACCAUCGAUCGGCAACGAAGACGCGAGGCGUAAACUAGCCUUUGCGAACCUCGAUAAAGUUGGACGCGAUUUCGAAACGCACUGCGAACGCAUCCAUCUGAAGCUCAUUGAAAUCAUUCGAGAACGCUUGCGAUUCCAUCGCGGCACGUUACCGCAACUCGCCAAAGCCUGGGAAAACGAACCGCUCGAAGAUUUCGACAAAGAAGCCUCUCAAUUCAGUAAAGGAUUAAUGAAAGAACUCGGAACGCUUUCCAAAGUCGUCCGUGGCAUGUUUGAAGAGAACGAUCAAAACAACGUCCUCGGCGUAGUCGCUUUAGAGUUUGACGCCAAGUUAGCCUCCUCCUUGAGAACGGUUUGGGAGGAAAGGAAAUCUGUCGGCGGUACCAUCGAAAGACACGUCAAAGCCGAUUGCGAAGCGUUGCGAGAGUGCUUACACGGCUUAGCUGGUAAAUUCGACUCGGACAUUAUCGGUCGCGAGUUGAAAGAGUUGGCUGAAGUCGUCGCGGAGUCGAUUAAACACAACGACGCUCGUCUGGCCGACGAAGCGAAAUUAUUGAAAGCGAAAAUGAAAGCAAUGGCGGCUGAAGCCGAAACGAAAACGCCGACAAAAUCGCCCACGCCAAAAAAGAGCACCACGAAUGAAGAAAAUAUGGACUCAGCUCCAGCUUCUACUUCUUCUCCUCCCGCGAAAGGAGAGGAAGCGAAAGACCCCGUCGCGGCGGCUUCGCCCGACGAAGACGAACGCAAAGACGAGAACGCCAAAAGCGACGACGAAUAA